AAGAAAAUGGAUGCGAAUAAAACGAAUCUCCUAGUGCUUCUUUUCUCUCUCUUUCUCACCAUAAACCUCUCUUCCGCUCAACUCCGCCCUAACUUCUACGCCGGAAGUUGCCCCAACGUCGAACAAAUAGUCAAAGACGCCGUUUUACUAAAAAUCAAACAAGCUUCCAUCACCGUUCCCGCCCUUCUACGCCUCUACUUCCACGACUGUUUCGUCAAUGGUUGUGAUGCAUCGGUGAUGAUAGCGUCAACCAAUGCUAACAAGGCGGAGAAGGACCAUCCCGAUAAUCUAUCGUUGGGCGGAGAUGCAUUUGAUACCAUCGUUAAAGCCAAACAAGCUCUUGACGCCGUCCCAAAUUGUCGUAACAAAGUGUCCUGCGCCGAUAUUAUCACGAUAGCCACUCGUGACGUUAUUACUAUCGUGGGUGGACCAAACUAUGAAGUCGAAUUAGGAAGAUUUGAUGGGCUAUCGUCGACGGCGGCUAGCGUAGAAGGAACGCUUCCACAACCAACAGACAAUUUUGACAAACUCACUUCAUAUUUUGCCAAAAACGGGCUUAGUGUUGAUGACAUGGUCGCUCUCUCCGGGGCACACACGAUUGGAGUCUCUCACUGCAGCAAUGUCUUUGAGAGAAUCUAUGAUGUAAAAGGAGAGAUGAUAAAUGCUACUUACCAAGCACAACUUAAAGAAUCGUGCCCUAGAGACGUCGAUCCCCGCGUAGUGGUGUUUAUAGAUCCAACAACGCCGGGAAAAUUCGACAACGUUUACUACAAAAACUUGCAGCAAGGCAAAGGAUUUUUCAAGUCUGACCAAGUUUUGUUCAGCGAUCGUAGGUCAUCUCCUGUUGUUAACUUAUUGGCUAGUCAUGGGCAGUUGUUUAGUCAAGCUUUUGCUAACUCCAUGAUUAAGCUUGGUCGAGUUGGUGUUAAAACCGCUCUUAACGGUAAUAUUCGUCGCAAUUGUGAAGCUUUUAAUUAAAAUACUCUUUGGUGAGAUUUUAAGAAAAAAAGUUGUCCUUCUAUGUAGUUCGAGUUGGGCCCGAAACAACUUCUUGAUGCAAUAAAUUUG